AGUAAAUGCAGCCACUUUCUCUAUUUUCAAAAGUAAAAGUUAGCUUUUUUUUCUUGUUGUUUUACAAAAUUACGUUUUUUUAAUUGUAUUAACUGAGAUACACAACAUCAAAUACCAAGCUUUGACUGUACCACGUACACGUUUUAUUUUCCAAUUCUAACUGGAGUCCUUGUUGAAAUUCUACACGCUACAGAUUUUUUUUUCAUCAAAACUGCAGCUGUGACAGUGUGCACAUAACCCAAUGCUGUGUUACUGUGGCGUGUUGUGGGCUCCUGUAGCGCAUCGGCACACUGAUGUUACAUUACCAAUUCCAUGUAGGUGAGUCGGGGUACUGUGCCAACCGAAGUGCAUGCCUGUGACGUCACCGUCACUUUGAAAGGCGUGAACCUAAAAUGCAAUCGGGGCAGAGGAGAGCAAAGAGCAGAAAGCAAUAUGCAUACAUUUUCUUAAAGGGAUACGGAUUUCAAAACGUUGAGAGUGCGUGAUCGAAGUGGAACCGGAAAGAAGAGAAAGAGAUUACACAUGUAUCAAAGAAAAUAGCAGAAUUAUGCAGCGGUUUUGUGUAUAGACACUCAGCGGAACAUAGCAGGGGUGGUAUACCUAGGUAUUCUCAGGUGACAGGAACUGAACUCUUUAAAAGAGGAAAGUUUGAAAGCGAUUUGCAUAACUCGAGUGCUGCCACAAAAGAAGCAAGAACUGGCGAAGAAAUUGGAUGCGGAAGAGCUGAAGACAAAAGCUGUGAACCCCCUUUCAUUGAUUUACUCUUCACAACGCUGUAAGUGAACGCGCAAACUAAGUGCGUUUUCUGGCUGAAUGAGACUUAGGUGUAGAAAUACAAAACACCACCAAAGUUAUGCACAUCUUUUUAUAGGUUACAAAUCAGCGGAGUCCGAAAACGUUUGGGGUAAACAGGACUGAAAGACAAGGGAACAAAAACGAGACCCGAGAGAAAAGUUCUACUGUACUCACGGAAAAGCAAGUCACUAGAAAACAAGGCAAACUACUGUAAACGGCUGCAGAAAACAAUUAACAUUACGAGAAUAACAAACACAGAGGUAACAAAACACGGAACAGAUUUACAAAGAAGCACUGGAUGUGAACUAAUAAGAAAUGGAAUUGAACGGCCAGAUACACGAACAAUAAAAGCUGCUUAAGAAAACAAUUCGGAAGUACGCACGUAACUUUGAAACUCGGAUAGCAAUGCUGCCAGCUCUAAUGAGGAGAUGGCUCUACAGACCAAAGAGGUCAGACCAGCGGCCACUGGCUCAGUUCUACCAUGCAGACGAGGAGGUGACGAGGAUCACGGCAGAGCUGAAUGGAGUGGACCUCAGGAAGGACCUGCAGAAAUACCUGGUGCUGCUCAACCAGCUGAGAAUCAGUCAGGACCGCAUGUUGAGGACUAUCGAGCUAGUGAUGGAGGAGUGUAUCCCGGCUGAGAGGCAGAGCCGCGAUUAUCACAUCAAGUUUCCAGAUGAGAUCCUUCACAACAACCUGGGGGUGCAGCUGUGGUUCGCUGCCGAGUGCUUGUCUGCGGGCUCUUUCCUGGAGGUGCGGGAGUCGGAGGGUGUUCUACUGCGCCCCCUAGCUGAGGAACUGCUGCACUGCCUGGAGGGGUUGAGGCUGCUGCUGAGGGAGCACAGCCUGAGUGACUCCCGCAGCUACCCGCCACUAGUCAAGGAGGCCCUGCUCCAGUACGACCGCGUCUUCUCCGAGUUUGAGCUCAGUUACAUUUCCACGGUGAUCCCUGUGAAGUCAGCAGAGGAGAUGCAGAGGCAGCAGGAGAUUGUGGUCUUGUUCUGUGAGACUGUGGACAGAGCUCUCAAGCUGGGAUACCUGACCCAGGAGCUGAUUGAUGGCUGUGACCCGCUGCUGAUGUUCACAAUCCCUCGACUCGCUAUCAUCUGCGGGCUGCUCAUCUUCCCAGACGGUCCCCUGAAUCUCCAGCACGGGCCCGAGAGCAUGUCCGGUCUGUUCAGACCCUUCUACACUCUACUGCAGAAAAUCAGGGACCUGCUGGGCAUCCUCACUGCUGAGGAGCUCGACAUCCUGGAGAUGAACCUGUGCACAGCGGAGUCAGGCGGCUUCCUCUGCCAACAGGAGCGCUCGCCACCCUCUACUGGCAGUGGAGGGAGCCCCUACCCCGACGAGCUCCCUCCUGCUGAUUAUGAGCCAGAGCCUGGGAAGCUGGAGGCUCAUUGGGCACACAGGGCCCCUGAGCCACUGCGGGACCUUUAUACUGUAGCUACAGCUUCCUCCUCCUCCUCCUCCUCCUCCUCCUCCUCCUCCUCCUCCUCCUCACAGCACAGAGAAGGUGCUGAUUUCUCUCCCAUUUAUCCCACCCAGGAGGCAGCCCCAGAACAUGUAAUCCCACAAAACAGCCAUCCGCACCCAGCUGCCCCGGGCGGAAGGGAUUGGGGAUUCUCUGGAAGCCCUUUUCCAUAUCCGAGCUCAGCAUUCCACCAGUCAGGGCGCCAACAGCUGCAAGCAACGGCAAAGCACGGGCAUCCUGCGGAGGACUGUCACACUGCUCUGGGCACUGGAGAGCAGAUCCGGAAUGUCAAUGAAUUGCUGGGUUCAGACAGUGAUAGGUUCUAUCGUUCUUACUCUGUGACUGUUUAUAAUAGAGCUCCUGCCAGGACAGAAGCAGAAGGCGAGGUGAGAGACAGCACGCCCCUUGUGAUGUCGCACAGCGCGGUUCCUGGACAGCAACUUCGAACCACAGAGCCCAGACAUCCAUCCAGAGACAGCAGCAGGAGGCGGAGCGGGCAGGAAAGCUAUCACGACCUUGCUAAGAUCAGACGUGCUGUCGAGGGCGCCCGGCUGCGGGCACAUUACCGUAGCAACAGGGACAUGAUCCACAGGCUCUUCGUGUGCAUCUCAGGGGUCGCGGACCAGCUUCAGACGAACUUUGCCAGCGACAUGCGGACCAUUUUGAAGUCCGUGUUCGAGGUGACUGCGUCCAGCGCUGACCCAUGGGUUGACAGUGCUGAGAUCGAUUCCGCAGUGGAGGUGGAGGAGGAGGACAGCUCCGUUUCCAGGCAGGAGGAGUGCGAGUUGUGUGAGGAGCUCAACGACAGUAACGUUGGCAACGCUGCAGGUCCCCCUGUGUGGGUGCCAGACAGCGCCUGCAAUCGCUGCUCAGCCUGCGAGACUCCGUUCACCCUCCUGCGGAGACGACACCACUGCAGAAGCUGCGGCAAGAUCUUCUGUGCCCGCUGUUCACCCCACGAGACCCCUAUCCCUCGCUUCGGACAGCUGAGAGCAGUCCGGGUCUGCAGCCACUGCUUCACGUCUCACAUCGGCGGGGAAACCACGCAGUUUUAAUGAAGAAAAGAAAGAAAGCAAACGUGCUGUUUAUCCAAACCGUUUAAAGUGGGUUUAAACACAAAACGAUACUGAAGCGGUCAGCUGCUGAAAUCCAAGCCUGUUUUUACUUUCUUUUUUUUUUGUUUACCCUGAAAAUGAAAAUACUUGUGUAAAAUAAAAGAGCAAAGCUGUUUUAUAUUGUAAAUACCGGUACUGUAGAAACCUUUUGUUGUUGAUGUUGUUUAAAUGUUUAACACUAGAGGGCAGGCCAGAGUGCUGUACUGCUUCUGCUUUCUCCUGCAGCAAGCUUUUCACAAGCACCAGGUAAUUCAACACAAACCAUAUGCCAGAUAUAGAGAAGGGGCUAAGUGGCACAGUGGGGUAAUUCACAUGCAAUUGUCAGCUGGUGGACUGAGUUAAAAUCCCAGGUGAAAAGAGAUGUGGUGGUUGUAGUAUUAUCCACUGCACAACUGUCAGUCUGCUUGAGAGUGCGUUCAGGACAGGAAUAAGGUGUGCUUGCAAAGACCAGAGGCUCCAUCCCUGACUGGCCACUGUCUGUAACCUUUCACAAACAAUCAUUUCACAAAAUAAAAAUGCAGUAAAUCUA